AGAGGAGGGAGGAUUUGCAGAUUUGCUCAAAGCAUCAUGAGCAGUGUUGGAGCAUCACAGCACGCACAUCGCUCCUGAACGCGAAUGUACUGUGAUCGUUACCGAGCGCGAAGCUUUUGCACGCGCUGUCUGUGCGCAUGAGAGGCGACGAGGCCCCGGUUUCCGGUAUGUAGGAUCCAGAGCCAUGAAAAUGCUGCGCCUCCGGAGCCCGAGCGUGUCUUCGCUCAGCCGGGAGAUCCACUGCACCGUGCGCCUGCUGGACGACUCGGAGAUCUCCUGCAGCAUCCAGAGAGACACAAAAGGUCAGUUCCUGCUGGAUCAUGUCUGUAACCACUACAGUCUGCUGGAGAAGGAUUACUUUGGCAUCAGAUAUGUGGACCCUGAGAAGCAGAGGCACUGGCUGGACCCCAGCAAACCCGUGGUCAGGCAGAUGAAAUGUCAGCAGCCAUACACCAUGUGCUUUCGGGUGAAGUUCUACCCCCAGGAACCCAUCAAGAUCAAGGAGGAACUGACGAGAUACCUGUUGUACCUGCAACUGAAGAGGGACCUGUACCAUGGCCGGCUCCUGUGUCCGCUCGCCGAUGCUGCUUAUCUUGGAGCUUGUAUAGUGCAGGCUGAACUCGGUGACUACGAUGUCGACGAGCACCCGGUUGACUACAUCAGUGACUUCAAAAUGUUUCCCAAACAAAGCCUCAAACUGGAGCGCAAGAUCCAAGAAAUCCACCAGAACGAGCUGAGGGGUCAGUGUCCAGCCCUGGCUGAGCUGAACCUGCUCCAGCGAGCUCACACACUGGACACGUAUGGCGUGGACCCUCAUCCCUGCAAGGACUUCACCGGGGCAACGGCAUUUCUCGGAUUCACUGCCCGAGGCUUUGUUGUUUUCCAAGGAAACAAGAGGAUCCACUUGCUAAAAUGGUCACAUGAUCCCGUCUUCUCUCCCAGGCCGGAUGUCAGCAGAUUUAAGUUUGAAGGGAAAACGUUCUACGUGAUUGGAGUACAGAGAGAGAAGAAAUUGGUUCUGACGUUCCACACUUCCACACCAGCAGCCUGUAAACACCUAUGGAAAUGUGGUGUAGAAAAUCAGGCAUUUUACAAAUGCGCAAAAUCGAGUCAGAUCAAGACCGUAUCCAGCAGCAAUAUAUUUUUCAAAGGGACUAGAUUUCGCUACAGCGGUCGUGUUGCUAAAGAGGUGAUUGAAGCCAGUUCAAAGAUCCAGAGAGAACCCCCUAUCUUUCACAGGUGUCAACUGGGUCAGAGCAGAAGCUUUAUCUCGCUCAGCCAUAAACACCUCAUAAUGAAUAUGGAACCUCUGCUUCCGGCACUCAGCUCAAACAGGGAAUACAGGGAGACCUCAGGCGACAGCGGUCUCCUGGUUUUGCAAGACUCGGUUCACUUGUCCCCAUUAAAGCCAUCCAUGCUGCCGGAAGACCCUGACCUGGAGGAGACGGAGUACGAAGCUCAAGAGACAGGACAGAAGGAAUCGUCCAUUUCUACCAAUGGACUGGAGGGAGAGUGGAGCAAGCAGGAGAUGGAGGAGGAUGAUGAAGACGGGUCUCAUGCCAUCUCAGAUACAGUGUACAGCCCAUGUUCAAGCAUGAUGCCCACACCGGUGGAGGAAACACAGGGUUGUGUGGACUUCCUGUACCAAAGCCCUGGGCGCUUGCUGAAGGAGCUCCAUGCCAGUCCAGAAAUGCAGGCAGAGCUUUGGGCUGAGCGGCAGGAAGAACUGACCCGAGAGGUUGCCCAUCAGUCACUGUGUAGCCAAUCAAAUGGCACGCCACAGAUCCAAGCGGUCCUCCACAGUGCUGCCCGGCUCAUAGCCGUGGCUUCAGUCCUGCUCCUUUUCCUAUUGGUCCUCUUGCUGGUUCUGCUGGAAUCCGACCUGGACGUUUCAUUCCUACAGGACAUCCGAGAGACGCCCGAGUUUGAGCAGUUCCACUAUGAGUACUACUGCCCGCUGCGCCGCUGGCUCUGCUACAAACUCGAGCUCCUGACAGAGCAACUGUGGGGAGACUAAUGCUUACAUCUAAGAGCAUAUGGCUGCAAGGCCCUCUAUCAGCAGGGAUGAACUAUUGGGACAUGCUGAUCAGGAAGGAAGGUUUGCUCUCGUACAUCAUGCCGUUUAUUUAUUUAACUUGGACCCUCAGGCUGGAUUCACCCUCAACUGUAACUGUAACAACUGUAACUGUAACUGUAACAAAGCCAUGAAUAGUAGAGGAGCUGCAAGUGCUGAGCUGCAACUCAAACACGUUCCAGGCAAGUUGCAGUGUUUUUGAGGUAGCAGUGAAUGAGUAGAAUAGAACUGUAGCUAAAAAAAACAAACUAACAAUAAAAAAAAAAAAACAGCAGCUAAUAUGUCUGCAGAAAGCUUCAAGAAGGGAUGCACCAAUUACAUUUCUUCAUUUCAUCAUCAAUCCAAUACUGAUAUCCGAGCCGUAAUUCUUGCUGAUAUUGAUUAGAUACUGAUAUUAUAGUAUAUGAGAUCCUGAAAUGCCUUUUUUUAAUACUCUGGUAAAUUCUCGAUCCUGAUUGGUCAGAAGCUGUAUAUAAAAGCAGCAGUUGUUCAUCUGGAAGGCAAACCCCAGGUUCUAAUCGUUUAGUAUAGUAGUCUAUAGUUACAGGUCAUUUACGAAGACUUUUAAUGUGAUUUUUCCACAUAAUUGGAUUAAAAAAAGUGUGUAUUGAUUUAGUAAAGGGGGGCACGGUGGCUUAGUGGUUAGCACGUUCGCCUCACACCUCCAGGGUCGGGGUUCGAUUCCCGCCUCCACCUUGUGUGUGUGGAGUUUGCAUGUUCUCCCCGUGCCUCGGGGGUUUCCUCCGGGUACUCCGGUUUCCUCCCCCGGUCCAAAGACAUGCAUGGUAGGCUGAUUGGCAUCUCUGGAAAAUUGUCCCUAGUGUGUGAUUGCGUGAGUGAAUGAGAGUGUGUGUGCCCUGCGAUGGGUUGGCACUCCGUCCAGGGUGUAUCCUGCCUUGAUGCCCGAUGACGCCUGAGAUAGGCACAGGCUCCCCGUGACCCGAGGUAGUUCGGAUAAGCGGUAGAAGAUGAAUGAAUGAAUGAUUUAGUAAAGUUUUCUGUGAUGAGACAUUUAUUGAAAUUGUUCAGAAGGAGUCUCCACUGUCAGCUCUUUGUCACAGUGUGAGUUUAACUUUAAGUGUCUUCAGGAUGGAGGGUUUGGCAGUAACACAACAAGCUACAUAUUUGUUUUUACUGUAGUCAAGAGAGCAAAAUAAAAGAGAGGUUAAUGAAGUUUACAGCUGCUAGAACGUAAGCGAUAACAGGAAGUGACUUGGAACUAAGUCUAAACAGAAACGAAAUAAAAGCUUUCCAUUAAAAAUGGUGAUCAUUUGCAAACUGCUUUGGUAUAAAAGGAAUAAAAUGGUGCGUGAAAUGCUGUUAUUGGAAAAUAAUAAACCUGGAGGAUGAUGAUAGUAUGCACCAAAUUCAUGUGCACAGAACUAAGAGGAAGGAUAGUGAAGGAGAGGAUUGUGAAGGUUGUGCAAUGUUAAAUACAUCUAAAACCUUUUGGAUGUUGUUUAAAUGGUUUAAAAAAAAAGUGGAAUUAAAACUGUGUGGGGUUUCAUUUGGUGUAGGAUUGGCUCAGGGGGCAACUUGGAGAGAAGUUUUUGGGUAAUGUUUCAAAUUUUAAGACUCAUGCUGCAUCUUAAUCUUAAUUAAAUACUAUAAACUAAACGUAUGUACUCAUUUGUGUAACAAAAGGGUAUGCAAGUACAGAUACACACUAACAUGUCAUGUAACAGAAGAGAUCACUGUUGCCUAGUUACACACACUGACACUCGUUGCAUUUUAGCCUUUUAACGUUCAUUAUUCCUUACACCAUGUAUAUUAUCUCAUUUUAUUUACCGUCCCGUCGAUUUAUACGAGCUGAAAAAGUGUCCACAGAUUCACACGUUUCCACCAGUAACCGAGCUUCAGCUCCAAUAUCAGCCUGAUACAGAUACUCAGUAUUGGAUUGGUGCAUCUCUUAUUUCGUGUUGUCAAUGAAGAUCAUUGUCUCAUGCAUUCUGAUCAUCUCAGCAUGGCAGGAUCCUGUUAAUUAAACCUCAGAUGUUCUAAUUAAUCCAGUAGCUACUAGUAUAAAAAUCCAUCUUAGGAUGAAUUAGCACAUUUCAUAUGCAGUUAAUUACUCUUCUGUAGCAAACACACCAACCCUCGUAUCGGAUCAUUUGGUUCGCUCUUUUAAGUUACUGUAAUAAUCAACAGUUUUGCUCAUAACAGACUCUCGAGACAAGCCUGAGACAAACCUUCCCUUCCUUGUUCCUCAAAGCCACAGCAUUUCAAUUCUUCAUUCUACAGUAAGGACAAAAGAGAUGUGAUAAACCUUCAAAUCUGUUUUUAGACAUUUUAUACAUUUUUAUGUCAAACGUACCUUUACUGCUAUUUUUCAGCAAAAGAAGAAAAAAAAAGAAAGAAAAAAAAAAAAGGACUGAGCUAUUUUAUUUAAAUAGACCUAAUCAGGCAAGGCGGUGGAAGAGAAGUAAAAAUAUUUUUCUGACUAUUAUGUGAUUUGCUGUGGACUUUUCUUAUACAGAACAGCACAAUAUUUAAAAAAAAACAAAAGAAGAAAAAAAAAAAAACUAUUUUCAGAUUUUUCAGAUUUCUGAUGUCAUUAGAAGAUAUUGCAUGGUGAAGAAUGAAAGGAUGUUUGUAGAGGACAAAAUAAAUAUCAGGUUACAAGAGGUCAAAGCCAGUCCAUAUGCCUUUAAGGUGUAUGUAGGAGGUAGAAUUAGUUCAAAGAUGGAUCACUAUACAUUAGAAUAAAAAAAAAAAAUCAGACUGAAAUACAGGGGUGGACAAAUCAUGUAUUCAUUUGUUCAAGAAAAAGCAUCACUGUGUUGCCUAGACCUUUGUUUCGAUUUGUAGCUGACUAAAAAGUGGUGGCUGAUGUAAUAUAAUUAGUUAGUUUGUGUGGUACAUAAUACUGUAUCUAUCCACUUUUUAAUGAAAGCUUGACAAAGAUCAAGUUCAACAAUAUUCUCUGGGUGGGCGGGAUGGAAUUGCUCUCACUUCCCUGUCAAUCACAUCGACACUAGCCAAUCAUGAGCGUCUGUAAUUUGGCCGGCUUCAUUUGUCACAGCUUGGAAUCUGGCUUGCGUGUUUUUUGUCUUAACUGAUGACAUUGUUCCUAAACAUUAGAAAAGAUGUAGAAAUUAUUCUACUAUUAACCGGAUUGUCCGAUGUACGUGGUACGGCGCAAUGCAAAAAAUGUGGAAGAUAGCAGGUGGAAAUUCCUUGAAUAUACAGUAGUCUCAUUUCGCUAGUAAAACGAUCUGCCAAUUGAAGACCAUUUAAAGCUUAAAAUGAGUAAAAGAAUAACCCAGACCUGAUAUCUGUUUAUCCUGAGUGCCCCGAGUACUGAUUUGUCCACUCCUGUUUAAGUCUAUCCAGUCCAAACUGGCUAAACAUCUUGGUCUCAAACACUCCAGUACAUUCUGCUCCAGAAGACAGUUUAUCCUUAAAAUAAAAAAAAAAUAUUAUUCAAAGAUUAAUGUAUAAAUAUUUCAGUUAGUCAUUCAAAUGUUGGAAACCUUGAUGUAAAGUGAUUCAAAAAUAGAGGAGAGAGUAGCACAAGGGCUAUAGACAUAUGGCAUCGUAAUAUCAUGCGAUAGAGAAGUGAUCGCGUGUACGUGUGAAACGUAUAGCGCUGAACGGCAUUCUCAGGACCGCACGAGACUUACUGAAAGAUCUGCACACAGCCUAGUGUAUACUUUAUCGCAGCAAACCUAAACAUGCACAUACACGUCGUGUUAAUGUAAGUAUCGUAUUCAUGGCUAUGUCAUUUACAGCUCAUCAGUGGUGGAUAAGCCAUUACGUACAUGUACAUAGAAAUACUUCGAGUAUUCUGCAUAUCACUUCAUAUUUAUUGUCACUAUAAGUGUAAAUGACCAGUUCUCCCGCAUAAAUUACUGUGACUAUAGAUGCUCUUUGGUUUCGUUCCUGAAUUCACGUGCUUGCAUUCAAACACCUUCGUUUUGCUAGUCGUGUAUCGAUUUACUGAGUUGACCGCAUGCUUCUGUCUGUAAAUACUGUGAACAAAAUACACACCAUUAUCAUUGAA